CUCCUUAACUCUCACUCACUGAACCACACCUCGCCGACCACUCCGCGAAACAGACACGCCUACUGUGACUGUAAUUGAUUAGCGCCCAUCAAACCUGAUUGACGGACGGCAAAAAUGAUUUACGAAGACCUGCGGGCGGUUCACGAGGACAUUGAGCGCCUGGAGCAGGCCAUUGCAGACCGCAUUCUCGACGACCACAAGCACAUCCGCAGUCGCCUCGUCCGCGACCAUGAAAUCGCCAACUUCCUCCAGCGCAUCCAGACCCAGUCGCAACACGCCAUUCGCCUGUACGAUGAGCAAGAGUCACGCACCCACGAGAUCCAGCAAAUCAGCACCGGUGACACGUACGCCACCUUCUACGACGAGCUGAACAAGAUCAAGGACUUUCACAAGCGCUAUCCGAACGAACCUGUCGAGAACUUGGAGCGCGCAUACAAGCGAGCCGAAGAUGGCGGACCUCCAGGUGGUUUUGCCGGCGACAUCAACACCAUCUUCACUGGCGAAGAAGCCUUCGGCCGCUUCUUUGAUCUGACUCUUCCCCACGAGGACUACCUCAAUCUGCCCGGCGUGAAGAACGUGCGAAAGCUGACAUAUCUGCAAUACCUCGACAACUUCGAUGUAUUCACGCCGCCGAAAUGCAUCAUCAGCCCGCAGGAGAAGAUGACCGACCAAUACUUUGCCUAUGUGGGAUCGCUAGCGGAAUACUUGGAGACCUUUUUGAGGAAGAUCAAGCCGUUGGAGGAUUUGGACAAGCUGAUCAAGAGCUUCCAAGAUGAGUUCGAUAAAGAGUGGUCAGAAGACAAGGUUCCGGGCUGGGAGACUACCAAAGCUGCUUCAAACGGCACAGCCUCGACCCAGCCGACCACAGAAGGCACGGGAGAAGGCGUGUGGUGUGCAGAUUGUCAGAAGGAGUUCAAGAACGACAACGUCUACAAAGCACACUUGACCGGCAAGAAGCAUAUCAAGGCAGCUGAGGCGCGGCAACAGAUGCUCGCGAAUGGUGGUGAAGACACCGAAAUGACAAAUGGCAACGGCCCAGCGGGCAUCAGUCUCGCACGAGUAAAAGAGCGCGCAGUCGCCGAGCGCGAAUACCGCAUCCGAGCGCUCGCCAAGAACAUGCAAACCCAGCGAGAAGACACGCGCGUCAAUGUGGAACGCAAAGCAGGUAUGACAGAUAAGGAACGACAGCAGGAACUUGCAGCCCUGUUUGAGGAAGAGAAUGAGGCGAUGAGCAGACCGGCACACGCGGAGGAAGACGGCGAUGAUGAGGAGGAGAAGGUGUACAAUCCGCUGAAGCUCCCGCUCGCAUGGGAUGGUAAGCCCAUCCCCUUUUGGCUGUACAAGCUUCAUGGUCUCGGCGUGGAAUUCACUUGCGAGAUUUGCGGCAAUUACGUCUACAUGGGUCGUCGAGCAUUCGACAAGCACUUUAGCGAAGCACGCCACAUUUAUGGACUGCAAUGCUUGGGCAUCACGAAGAACACUGGGCUUUUCCGCGAGAUCACGAAGAUUGAGGAGGCCGAGAAGUUAUGGGAGAAGCUGGAGCGCGACAGACACCGGGACCUCGAGCGGAAGGGAGGUGUCGAUGGAGAUGGUAUCGUCGAGAUGGAAGAUCCGGCAGGCAACAUUAUGCCGAAGAGGGUGUAUGAGGAUCUUGCAAAGUCUGGUCUGCUUUAGGAUUGCUGAUCGCACGAUGCAUGAUCUUCUUGCCACGGGGUAGCGGUCCCCAGAUAACAGGUUUCGGAUGAAUGGUGUCUAGGGAGGAUUGGUGCGGAGGGUAGAGUCUCAACGACUGUCCCGCAUCCUCUCUGCAUAAGGUAUAUGCAAACCUCGAGACACUGUACAAUAGAACCCAGCUCGCACGUUUCGAGCAAAUCUUC